CUCCCCCGGGGGUGGGCCGUCAGCCGGGAAACGUCUUGUAGUCGCCGGGGUAAGAAACGUGUCACAACUGCAACAGGAGUGAAGAGUGCCUGUCGCCUCAGCUGAUGUGAUUGAGGAUGUGGCUUUGAAUGCCUAGUGAGGAGGCUAUUUAAUAAUAGAUUCCAGAUGAGAAGUUGAAGGCUACUCCCUUCUCCCGGGUGGAUCACGGAUAUCUGCAGAGUCCAAACUUCAGUCCCAAACACAAACCCAGCCCUGGGAGAAGCACAUCUGAGGAUGAACAACACAAAAAAGCGAAGCCGCGCUGGGGUGCUGCAAGCGGUGCCACUUCGAUCUGGGGUGCUGGCAUACCCAGACCUGCCGCUGUGCUCCUACCAGCCGAGGUUGUGUACUACCGAGGUGGAGGGGUUGCAAGUCACUGUGCCUGAGAAGAAGAAGGUGGCUAUGUUGUUUCAGCCUGCUCUGCUUCGCUGCCAUUUCUCUACUUCUUCCACCCAACCAGCUGUGGUGCAGUGGAGGUUUAAAUCUUACUGCCAGGACCGGAUGGGAGAAGCUUUGGGUAUGGCAACUUCCGGCUUACAAACGAUGAGCAAGAGGAACCUGGACUGGGAUCCCUACCUCGACUGCGUGGACAGCAGGAGGACAGUCCGCGUCGUGGCUUCCAAACAAGGAUCUGCCAUCACAAUAGGGGACUUCUAUAAGGAAAGAGAUGUCAGCAUUGUCCACGAUGCAGACCUUCAGAUUGGGAAGCUGAUGUGGGGAGACAGUGGGCUCUAUUACUGCCUUAUUAUCACACCUGAUGAUGUGGAGGGCAAGAAUGAAGAGUCAGUGGAGCUGCUUGUACUUGGCAGGACAGGGCUGCUUGCUGAUCUCUUGCCCAGUUUUGCUGUGGAGAUUAUGCCAGAAUGGGUCUUUGUGGGCCUAGUGAUCCUGGGGGCAUUUUUUUUGAUCUGCUGGUGCCAGUGCUGCCCGCACAGUUGCUGCUGCUACGUCCGCCUCCCCUGCUGUCCUGAGUCCUGCUGCUGUCCCCGGGCACUGUAUGAAGCAGGCAAGGCAGCAAAAGCUGGAUACCCUCCCGUGGUCUCCUCCAUGCCAGGUCCAUACUACAUCCCCACUGUUCCCGUAGCUGGUGUACCGUCUCCUGCUGUGCUGAUGGAUAAGUCGCACCCCCCUCCCUUAGCCGCGAGUGAGUCCAGCGGAGGAAGCCAAAAUGUGCGCAAAGGAUACAGGAUCCAGGCUGACAAGGACAGGGAUUCCAUGAAAGUGCUGUACUAUGUCGAGAAAGAACUGGCUCAGUUUGAUCCAGCUAGGAGGAUGCGGGAACGAUAUAACAACACCAUCUCUGAACUCAGCUCUUUGCAUGAGGAGGACUUGAACUUCCGACAGCCCUACCGGCAGGUGCGAAGGAAACCUCUUCCUCCUGCAGGGGACCUAGAUGGUGAUGCUGAAUACUGGGCAGGAGUGAUCGGUGGGGGCAGCACAUCAAGGUCACAGGCUGUCCCUGAUUACAGAGAUGAGAGGGACAGUUUCCGGCACAGCCAGCAGAGAUCCAAGUCUGAGAUGCUGUCCCGUAAGAGUUUCUCUGUAGGAGUGCCAGCCGUCUCUAUGGAUGAGCUGGCAGCCUUUGCAGAGUCCUACAGCCAGAGGACCCGGCGGGCAGACAGCCAGGAAACUCGGCGCUUUGAGCGGUCGGAGUCGCACGGCGGCCGGGGCGGAGGGCUGCCCCACCAGGACAGCUCCAUGGAGGAGUACUAUACUAAGCGUAGCAGAGGGAACCGAGAGCCACUGACGGACUCGGAUCGGGGCUGGUCUUAUAGUCCACCUCGGAGACGGGCCCAUGAGGAGAAGCACCUGCCGAGGCUGGUGAGCCGGACACCCGGAGGGAGCCAAAAGUACGAUCACUCCUACCUCAGCAGCGUCUUGGAGAGGAAGUCUCGGAGCUAUGAUGAGAGUGGUGACCGUUGUGAAACCCCCUCAAAGCUGAGCUCGCAACCCAGCCAGAGAGGAGGGGGAACGUAUUAUGCCUGGUCACCACCCUCUACCUACAAACCCGAGCAGCCACAGCAGCAGCCGCAGCAGCCACCACCAUCACCUCAGCAGGAGGAAGAAGAAGACGCCCUGCCCCCAUACAGCGAGAGAGAGCUGAGCCGAGGCCCUUCGUACAGAGCCAGGGAGCAGGCCUACCUCAACACCUCUGACAAGAAGAGGAAAAAGGAGCCCAAGAAAACAAACGAUUUCCCCACGAGGAUGUCCCUUGUGGUUUGAAGUUGCUGGGGACGUGUCAUGUUGAUGGGCUGAAUACCACGAGGUCACUGCAGUGGAAAAGAUAACAGAUCAACAAGCAAAACAGGCCCCUGUGAACCUUCGCAGCCACCCACCGUAGACUUCUUGUUUCAAUUGUUUGUUUCAUCAGGGGAGCAGAGGCUUUCAUGAGAGACAGACUCCUGUGAACACUCGAUCUCAGAGACUCUGGGAGUCUGCCAGGAAAAGGAGGCCAGGGCUCUCUUUGGCACCCUGCUUCUCAGUGCCCCCUAUUCUGUGCUGGAAGGCAGCCACGUCCAUACUACUCCCGCAUCCCUGAACUACAAGCGGGACUGUCUUUGUGCCGCUUGCCCUGUCUCAUGUGGAGAGAGAGGCCUGUCUGCGUACCUCUCACUCUCACUGUCUCUUCUCUAUUUGGAUCAAAAUUGUCUCCAUACUUAGAGCCUUUUCUGUAUCAUCUCCGUGCUGGGAGGAGGCCUUGUUCUAACAGCUGCAGACUGCCUCCAGUUGAUCCGGCUCUAAAUCUUGAAAGAAAAUCUACAUCCUUUCAGACACUAUAGAAAAGGACUGAUGAGGUGUUACUUUGGAUAGGGCUGAACAAAGAAAGAGAGAGAGAGAAAGACAGACAGAGACAAGUAUGGGCUGGUUUGUUCAAUAUAUUUAGUUUUUUUCGUACUGUGAUGAGAGUUGCAAGUGAGAUUGAUGUAUUGUUUUGAAAGUGGAUCAAAGUAGUUUUUAUUGUGAUGAGAGCAUGAUAUGUUUCCCCCCCCUCCGCAACUGUGAUUUGUUUUGAUAAAAUUGCAUUUCCUCGCAGCUGAGCUAUGACCCUGUAGAGCUUCAAGCUGGAUUAUCUACUUCAUCAUAUCCUAAGCAGCGCUCUAGCUUUGCUGGUGUUCUGCUUCCAGUGCCACCAGACCUCUCCGCAUAGUGAGCUUUUUGUUUUAGAGAAGCAAAAAGGAGAAAGUUGUGGUGAGGAGAAAGCUGCAGCUCUUCAUUCUGUGCUGUUGGUAUUACUACUUUCUGGUCGUUGUUCCAAGACAUUGAAGAGAGCAGUAACAACAAAGGAAAGAUAAUUAACAAUGUGGAUGAACACAAGCUUUGAAAAAUCACCUCUUUCAGUUACAACCAUUUCGUUCACUUCAAUUGUGACAUGAUUUUAGAGGCUGUUGUCUCAGGAACAGCUGAAUUUAGAAGCGAGUGCUUCACACCAUCUGGAAGCCUGAUGUUCUGGUUUUCAAAGGGUAUAAUGCAGUUGUUUCUUUAAUUUUUAGCUGCUAAAAUUAGAAUGAAAUCCAUGUGAAGGAAGAUGAUCAGAAUGUGAUUUUAAUGUCCAGUGUCUUGAUUCCUGUGAGGCCUAGAAACAAGUUAGCACCUUACUACGUUACAGACACCGUCAGCCUCUGAAAUGCCCUCUCUCAUUAUUGUGAAAAUGUGGGAGCUAUCUGGCCUCAAAUUUGUUAGGUGCUCACUCUAGCAAUACUGUUUUGAACACUGGAUUUAUUAACAUAGUUGCAGUUCGCCAUUAAAAAUUACAGAUUCAUUUCCAUAUUACUCCUUUGCCGUAUCAGUUCACCAAGAGUGGACUGGGGGAGAGGAGGAAGAAUCUCCAAGGAAUUGGUGACGUUACUGUUUUCAUGCUAGAAGGUGAAUGGGUAUGAGGAUAGCUUUCUUCCCCCCCCCCCCCCCCCAAGCUUCUCUAGUGAUGAGUGUAUAGUUUUGUAAAGCCUAGUCCUGGGCCUUCCUGGCCAGAGAAGGAUUAGCUUGGAGGGGCAUGCUUUACCUGGGUCUGUCUGCCCUGUGUUACGGCUGGAGAGAAUAAAUUUUAAGUAUUUUCAUCUGUUCUCAUCUUUAAUGUAUGUUUUGAGGAAAAUCAUAGCACAGUUAACUAAAGACUAGGAGGGUGGUUUCUGCCUGUGGUCUCCAAGGCCGUGGUAAGUCUACAGAGCUACAUUACACACUAUUUUAAAUUAAACAGUUCACGCCAGACAUAUCAUGAUACUGGCAUGCAGAAAAUGUUGGCAUUUUGUUAGUCUGAAAACUUUGGGAACAUGAAUUUAAAGGAAGUUUAUACUGCUGCAUCCUUUCCAUCAGACAUCCAGCAGACCCAGGAAGCAUUUUUCAUGGAGAUUUGAAAGUGCUUCUGCAACAAUGACUAUGUCAGAGCAGGGCCAAAACAGUGAUACCUGUAUCUUUUAAAUCACUCUGAAAGGCAGAGCUUUCAGAAUGCUGCCUCUUAUCUCAGUUGUGUCAUCCCGUAUUUCAGUCACUGUAGAGUUUAUUUGAGCAAGCCCUCAGGAAUGAGCUGUAUGUAUUAAAAAUAUGAUCCUUCCCCUCAUUUAUUUGAAUCAGUUUUGUUUGCUUGAUGCUGAUGUUUUAAGGCAUUGGACACUAAGUGUAAGAAGUUGCCAUUUUAUUUGUCUAGUUUACAAAAAGGUAGUUGUAAGCUAAUUCUUUUAAGAAAAUUAUUUUAACUGUUCAUUAAAACUGUCCAGCAUUUUGCUUGAAUCCAAGUACCUGGAAAACUAUUAAAGAUUUUGAUGAAGACAGAAUUACCUUAUGACGAGUGGUUCUACAAGUUUUACCAGCUUCAAGAAAAAGAGCAGGUCUUAAUUCCCUAAAGUCAGAUAUGGACAGCACCCAUCACUUGGCUCUGCCCUUAGUCUAGAAUCUUAGAUUUCCCGAAUACUUUAGUGACGGAUUCAUAUCCUCCUAUACAAGUCGGAAAGAAUUUUCAGUUACUGAUGUCUGUCCUCAGGCUACCCUUAUUUUUCGCAUUAGAAAUAUCUCUGCAGCAGAACCAAGUGGAGCAAAUCAGAACAUGAGGGACAUGCAUAGGACAGGGCUUCCACCUUUAUAGCUACAUCACCCCGAUGACCCAAGACUUGCCAAAGCAGUGGAGAGAGGCACAGGGAGACAAAGGCUGAUAGAUGGUGAAGAGUCACUUGUUUCAGAUAUGAAGUAACAGUAGCUCUGUGUCUGCACCAUCUUUCAGAGCACCUGCAGAAUGCUGGCACUGGUGAAUAACAAGCCUGAUUAUUGCAUUUAAUGUGACAGUGACAGGAUCACCAACUCUGAAUUUUCCAGUGACCAAUUUUUAUUGCUAGCCUAAAAUUAAAAUCCUUUUCAUACAGGAUAUGGAUGUCUGAGUCAUAUCAAGGACGCAGAUGCUUUUGUAGCCUUAAAAUGAAGCAUCACAACAGUGACUAGCUGAGAAGACAAAGAUGUUGAGUGAAUUCUGUAAAAAAAACAUGAGAGCCCUUAGAGCAACAGUGGGAUCAAGCAUCAGCAGUAAAUCUAGUUGUGCUGUCAAAAAGGCGAUCUGGGCUGCUGAAAAUAGUUUGACGGAAUGGGAAAAUAAAUAGCAAUGAUAAUGA